CGUUCAGUUUGUACUUGAGACCGGUUCGAAACGUUGCCAGCCGAAAAGUCAGCGGGCCGCGGACAACGAUAUCCCCACAAACAAUAAAAAAAAAAACAAACCAGAACCGAAAAAAAACAGCUCACAACAUUGGCAACAUAGCAACCCCCACCCAAUCAGCAACAUUAGUUACAACUUAGGGCACCAUUAUAUGAUUGGAUAUGAUACAGAAAGGCCGAUUGUUAAGUGAUUUUGUGCGGUGAUCAAUGUGUGCGAUCGGCAGUUUGGCAGAAUACCCCAAGAAUGCCGCGUUAAUUGAGCUGUACGUACAGCUGUAGUACAAAUUUGCAUAACCAGUGAGGAGGCAUAAACAAAUCUGGCCGCCGAGCGGAGGAGCGUCGUCUUGGUUCACUGAUUUAAUGCCACAAACAGAUUGCAGAUUGUAGCCCGCAGCCGCGCCCCUGCAACUUGCAACUUCUUUGGCUGCAACUUGCUGCAGCAGGCAGCAGCAGCAACCAGCUAGCAGCUAGCAGCCAGCAGCGACCACCUUCACCUCCACCUCGAACUCCUUGCUGCAUCUUGGACGCGGUUUGGUCUUGGUCAACCUGCUUGCCAGCUUGUUUCUGCGGAAGAGCUGGAGCCGCCGGAGCGCCAGACCCGGCAAAAAAAAAAAAACAAAAUAAUACAAAAACAAAAGAAAAACAAAUCUACAAAAAAAAGUAGGGAAAAAACACAUAGAGAACAACACGGCUGCCGUUGUCGUCGUCUUUGGAAUUUUCUUUAAAAACAACGCGCUAAGAUUUGCAACGCGGACUCAGGCAAAAAGUGUAAAAGGCAAGCAAAUGCAGUCGCGGUAUAAAAAAAAUUAGCGCAUAGUGAAGUGUGUCCCCGUGUGUAUGUGCGUGUGUACACCAGUGUGUGUGUGUUCUAAAGUGUGCGAAUAAAAAAGCUGCCCAACUGCGAGAGAAAAAGUUUGAAAAGUGUCAAGCGAGCGGCUCGGUGGCGGCCAAUAACCCAACGACUGGCAUGCAAUUGCGGCCAGGCGGCGACCCCGACGGGUUAAUUACCGUUAUCCUUGCAACACAACAACAACUAAAGCAACUAAAGCAACUAAAGCAAGUGAAGCAAGUGAAGCAACAACAACGAGUCACUCCAAACGCUGCUCAAGUUGUGGAUUACGUCUGCGCCGCGUUGUCGCCGUGUGAAAACAGCAGGACAACAGGAACACAACAGCAUCUGCAACAUUGGCCAUAAAAACCGCAUUGAGCACACGGCAAAGUCAAGUGAACAUUCCAAUUGGCAACGUAACGGGCUAAUUGGCACACACAAACACACGGCGCUGCACAUCAAAACGAGCCCCAAAAUCUGCAAGAAAAGAACCAGAAAACAGGCGAAACCCGGCGUAAAUCCCAAUCCCAUUCACCAUGCGUCAAACGGAGGACUAACGUACAACUGCGAUAACUGGCAAUAAGCGAGGAGGAGCGUCAAAGGAUUGCAGCUUUGCCCCUUCAUCCGGAAAACUCCCUCAACUCCCCCCCCCACCCGGAAAACGCAAGGAAAAUGCCAUCCGUAGCGAACAGCAACUACAGCAACGAUGCGCGUCUCAGUUACGUUGUAAAUCAAGUUGCAUCCGUAUCUGUGUCCAUAUCCGCAUCCGCAUCAGCAUCAGCAACCGCCCUCCUGCCCUCCGUAUCCGCAUCCGCAUUUCCCACAUUCAGUCCACCGCGCAUCGCCAGUCUGGUGGCCAGCAGCUCGGCGGAGGACUUGAGCAGCUUUGGUGACGUGACGUUCGACAUCUUCGAUGACGAUGACGACUUGUUCGGCUCGCCAAUGGCCUUCGAUGCCAGCGAACAGGGCCUCUGGAACGGACGCUUCGUGCCGCCACCGCCCCGCCCGCCCUUCUUCGUCGACGAGCCGGUGCUGAGCGACGGCCUGACCACGUGUGACUUGUGCUCCUGGGCGAUGCCCACCAAGAGCACCUUCAUGUUCGAGGGAACGAUAGAAAAGGCCACAGAACUGGGCUGGCCACUGACUCUGAUCAUCGUGUCCGUGUUGUCGGCGCUGCUAGGCGCCAUCAUCAUGAUUGCCGUGGUGCGCUGCCGGCGCAAAAAGUCCUCCAACAAUCGCAACGACACGCACGUGCAAUGGUGGUCUCGCAACAAGCGCGCCCACGGCAACGGCUUGAGUGGUGCGGGCGGGGCAAGUGGAGCGGCGGGUGGUGCCGGCGGCAGUGUGCAUCACCAUCACAACGGCAGCAGCAGCAACAUAAACAACAACCACCUGAGGAGGAGCAACAUCUAUACGGCCCACCCGGCGGACAGCAUACGAGGUCUGCAACCGCUGCCGGUGGUGAUGCCGUUGCCACUGCCAUUGCCCCACCCACCAUCUGGUGGUGCCUCACCAGCGUCAUCGUCGUUGACCACACCACCAGCCCCACACCAGCAGCAGCAGCAGCAGCAGCAGCAGCAACAUUCGACGUUGCAACAGCAGCAGUACUUCCACCCAUACCAGCAACAGCAGCAUGUGCACCACUCGCAUACGCACCACCAUCACACGCACCACCAUGUGCCGCUGUAUCCACACGACUGCGACGAGGAUGCCGCCUACGAGGAGCCGGAGUACCAUCAGCCACAGCAGCUGCACUCGGUGAACAGCAGUAGUUCGUUGUCCUCGAUGGGAUCCACAUCAUUGCAGCCGGAGUCCAGCAAUUCGCGGGCCACCCACUGGCCACCGGGUGCCACAUCGGCCACCAUGGUCAUAGCCAGCUGAGAAACGGGCCAGGACUGCGCCUGGAUUUGGCAGCAGUAAGAUGGGUCUGUGGAUGCGUGGCACCCACCCAUCUGUGUGCCCAUUUCACUUAAGAUGCAGCGCACAUGGAUGGGUGCAGAUCAUAAAGGGGAUUACACGUAACAAUUUUGUGAAGUUUAUUUUUUGCCAGUUCAUCCAGGGACUCCCUAAAUGUAUCUGUCUGUCGGUCUAUCGUUGGGUCGGUCUGCCUGUGUGUCGCCAAUUGGGAAAACCGAAACGAAUUUAGUGUCACUUCCGUUUCCGUUUCGCAAACUAUCGAGUCAGACGGGCGAGAGGGUUGCGGUGUGGCAUGGCCACAGGACAUGCUCUUUACAUGCCAUGCACGUUUCAUCCUUUAUUGCCGCUCGGCAUUAGAACAGGGAUUUCGUCGGAUUAAAGCAAAUAAAGGGCGUGCUUUCUGUUUGCACCCAACUGCCAACUGCCAACUGCCGAUGAUGCCACAAGUUUAAAUCGGUUCACCCAGCUCACUUUCGGGUAUAUCGAACUGAGCCCCCCAUGGGGAUAUAUAAGCCAUUUCAAUGGGUAUGCCACAGUUGAGCUUGGCAUACAACCAGCGCUUGCCACUUGGAUUUUGUUUAAAUAGACAUUUUCAGCUUAAGCCUUGUGGGCAAAUGUAUGCGAAGCAUAUUCUGGGUACCUGUCCCCGGCAGACAUUGGUCCAGGACUUUGUGGCUUUUCACUCCAUUCCGCUCUUGUUUCGCAAUGACGAGAGCAAAUGGGUUUUGAAACUGGAAAAAAAAGAUAAAUGUAGUAAAACAAAUACCGAUGUGGCGAAAAUUGAAGAGAAAGUGGGAAAAAGAACUCGCAAUAUCGCAAUAUCAUCCGCAAAAUCAUUAAUCAAAUUAUGAGCUCAAGCAUCUAAUGGCAUUUGCAUUUUUUAAUAGCCACUCGUGGUAGUAAUAACAAACCCAUGACAAGCAUAUCAAACGUAAGCUCAACAAGCCAACAGCCAACAAAAGUACUUAAAACAAUCAAACAUUGCAGCAACUUAAAUGUAAAUGUAAAUGCAAACGUAAACAAAAACUCGCGCCAUUGUAUAUUAAUUGUAAAUAUUUUUUUCGAUCCGCUCCAAUUAGCAAUUAACAGCAGGAGCGUGCAACAGAAAGUUUCUUCAACAACAUCAUACUCGUAUAUUGUGCAUUACUUCAAUUCGAUAGAGAAUAUGUACGAAAACAAACAAAACAUUCCUCUUCAAAGCAAACGCAAAGUUCAAGUUUUCAUUUAACAAUUAUAAUUUACGACAACACACAACCAAAGACUAGUCAUUUAAGUCACAACGUCGAUAUGUACAAACAAGUUAAACGAGAGAUAAAAUAUGAUUAAGCCAGUUAAUUAAUUCGAUUUACGGAUGCUUCAUUCGAAUGCAUUCGAUUUGCAUUUAUUAGUUUUACGAGAUGAAAGAACAACUGCAAUACUGUAUUUUAAAUAUUUAUUCAUUAAACGCACUUUUGUCCACUCCCCCCUUCUAUCCCACACAAUAACAAUAAUCGUAAUUAGCAUUUAUAAUUAAAAACUCAAACAUCAAGUAAAUAAUAAAUAAUGAAAACAAAAACAAAACAAAAACGAAAGACAAGAGCGAAAUAUGCGCAAAAAAUUACUACGAGCAACUCAAAAUGUUCCAAUGUUUAGAUUAGCCAACUAAUUACAUGGAAAUGUAAACAAAUCAAAUACUUCAUAGUUUUCAUAACAAAUUCAUUAAAUUGUGCAGAAAUAAUUUAGGCACACAAAAUAC